UGCAUGCGCGCGAGGGGAGAGGCGGAUCCUCCCGCUCGGUGCCGAACCGCGCUCGGUUCGCCGGUCCUUUCCGUCCUCGUCCUCCUCGUCCUCGCCGCCCGGCGCCCUGAGCGUCGCGCCGGCGACAUGCCGUCGGUGUACGGGCGAAAGUACGUCUGGCUCAUCGAGGACGCGGAGGGUCAAUCGCACGACCGCGAGGGAACCAGCGACGCGCGGCGCGUGAUGUUCCGCGAGUUGAUCGAAACGGAGCACGGGGAGAAGAAGGCGGGCGAUCACCUGACCUGGGGCGAGGUCAUCGACCUGUGGAUCGACGAUCGCGACUUCAGGGCGGCGUGGAUGGCGUCGUUCGAAGACUUUCGCGACGUCAACUGGGGUACCGGCGACUACUACUGGGAAUGCGCGCCGGUCAAGAGCGCGUCGCUGGGCGCCAGGUACGAGCACGUCGUCAAGGAUAAGGGCGCGCGUCGGGGCGGCGCCGCGGACGAGGGCGCGUUCGCGGAACACUUCGACGCCGCGAGGAACGCCGGCAAGAUCGUCGCAACCUUUCGUAACCUCGGCGGCGACGCGAAGCUCGUGUCGCCGCUGCCGGACGCGUUGAACCACCGGCGACGCGGCAGAUGCAUGCACGACUUCGUCUCCGGCUGGGGCGGCUUCGAGGGCGGCUUCGAGGGCGACGAUAGGGACGAAAGGGUGGUGCACGAGACGAUUCGCGCUGUGGGAGCCGAGGUGAAAUCGAUCCUCCUGUCGGGCACGUCGGAGGACCCCGUCUGGGUGUCGACCAACGGCGACGGCGUCGCCUGGCUGCACGUUCGCAUCGAUGAGAGGCCGAAGUACUACGCGUACGCGCCGUACAGGAAGUUUCUGGAGGAAGGGUACGACGAGGCGGUGAACAAGGAGACGAGGUCGAAAUUGUCUAACUUUUAGCUAGGUAAUAAUGUUAGGUAGCUCUACUU